CUAAAUUUAAUUGCCAGCACAAUCUCUGACGUGGAUUCUCCAAACCCUCACUCAAUCAUUGAGGUAUUUUUCUUUUUAGACUCCCCUUCCUCUCUCAUUUCUCAUUUUCGUGGAGGAGAAAACCAAAAAAAAAGAAAAAAAGAGCAUAAACUUUUUGUCAUUUUCUAUCAAUUUCUGCAUUUUGUACAAAUUGAUUCUGUGUGAAUAAGCAAAUUAUUCGUUAUCGAAUUGGAAUUUUCAGAGUUUGUUUGAGUAUUGUUGAUAUGUCUUUCAUGGAUACUUUUUUUGUUCCUGAAGAAACAAAGGUGGAAGAAGGCGAGUGGGAGAAAGAAAGAUAAUUGUAAAAAUAAACUAUUUCUGCUUCAAGAGAGAAGCAGAAGUAGAGUUAUAUAAAAAAAAAAAAAAAGAAAAAGAAAAAUCACUUAAAAAACAAACUUUUUAGUUUUCUAAUUUACAUAUACUUUUAUCUCUGUUUCAAAUUUUGAUUGAUCUCUACUCUACUUCUGCAGAUGUCGACGGAGGUGAUCAGUGAGUCGGCUGUAGUGAUGAAUACUGCUGAGGCGGGAAAGCUAUCGGCGGCGGCGACAAUCGAAGUGGACUGCGCGAAAUGCGAUUGUUGUGGAUUGACGGAAGAGUGUACUCUGGCUUACAUAGAGACAAUCCGCGAGCGGUAUCAAGGAAAAUGGAUAUGCGGAUUGUGUGCGGAGGCUGUUAAGGAUGAGAUGCUGCGGUGUGAGAGGUUGAUCAACGCAGAAGAAGCUCUUUCUCGUCACCUCAAUUUCUGUAAGAAGUUCAGUUCAUCUUCUCCGCCUGUCGAUCCGACUGUUCAUUUGAUCGCUGCAAUGAGGCAGCUUCUGCGGAGGAGCUUGGAUUCGCCGAAAUCGCUUAGGUCUAUGCCUUGUAGUCCGUCGAGGAACAGUAGAGAGAUGCAGCCUAAUGUGCUUGUUCGAGCUGAAAGUUGUAUUCCCACAAUCUCUCUUGUGGAGUCUGCUGCUUAUCAUGCCAUGGAAAUGGAUGGCGAUUCCGAAUGUAACGAAGAUGGUAAUUUCUAGAUUAAGUAGUUUCAACUUGCAAAUUCCCGCCAUGAAAAAAAAAAAAUUAGAAAUAAAUUAAGGUGGAAAAGAACUCUUAAUAAUGUUUUAGUUUUGCAUCAAAUUGUAAACACAAUAGAACUAGAGUUGCUUUAGAGUUUGUGAUGGAAAUGAGAUUGUGUUCGCUCUAAA